AUGGCAGCUUCAACUCUAACCCCGAUUUGUUCAAUAAAAACCUUGAAUCCUCAAAACCAUGGCCUUCAAAUAAAAUUCUCAGUUUCCACUUUCACCCCUCCCAACCAGAACAGAAGAAGGAGCCUUCAAAUCCGAUUAUCAUCUUCCGCAAAUCAAAAUCAGAAUCAGUCUUCUCCCGGAUUGUACUCCGCAAAGAAAUUCGAGCUCACCGCAUCCAACGUCGACCUCGUUCUCGAAGAUGUUCGCCCUUACCUCAUCUCGGACGGUGGCAACGUCGACGUGGUCUCCGUGGAAGACGGCGUCGUAUAUCUCCGUCUACAAGGAGCGUGCGAGAGUUGCCCCAGCUCCACCACAACCAUGACGAUGGGUAUCGAGCGCGUUCUGAAGGAGAAAUUCGGAGACGCCGUCAAGGACAUUCGCCAAGUAUACGAUAACCAACCCAAGGAGACAACCGUUGAGGCUGUGAAUAAUCAUCUUGAUAUAUUGAGAGCGGCCAUAAAGAAUUACGGAGGCAGCGUACAAGUUUUAUCCGUUGAAAGUGGGGAGUGCCACGUGAAGUAUGUUGGACCUGACUCCAUUGGAUCCGGAAUCAAAGCAGCCAUCAAGGAGAGGUUUCCAGACAUUCUCAAUGUUACCUUCUCUACCUAG